AUGGGCCUCAUACGUUACCACUGGGUUAUGCAGGUUGUUUGGUUGUCUGGUUGGUUGUCUGGUUGGUUAACUGGCUGGCUGGCUGGCUGGCUGGCUGGCUGGCUGGCUGGCUGGCUGGCUGGCUGGCUGGCUGGCUCCAGUCAACACUGGAUAACGAAUACAGAAAACAAUUGGCAUUCAAAUUUUGAUAAUGAUGAUGAUGAUGAUGAUGAUGAUGAUGAUGAUGAUGAUGAUGAUGGUGAUGAUGAUGAUGAUGAUGAUGAUGAUGAUGAUGAUGGUUCGUAUGAUGAUGUUGAUGAUGAUGAUGAUGUUGAUUCGGAUAAUGAUGAUGGUGUUCCGGAUGAUGAUGAUGAUGAUAAUAAUGAUGAUGAGGAUGAUGUCGGAUGA